GCCGUUCACAAGUUUUUGUGAUCAUUGAUGAAAAAGGGACUUUAGUAUUCGAUAGUAGCAUUUAUUUAAUGUAAAAUGGAUUCAGAUUUUAAUUUUCUUCCAUCGGAGAUUGCACGAUUAGUUCUAGGAUAUCUAAAGGAAAAUGACUAUACCAUGACUUACAAAUAUUUUCUGAAAGAAUGUCCACAUUUACAAGAAUAUAGUCUGAUGUUGAAACAAGGAAGACACUUUCCAUUAACUAUUAUGGGCGUCUCUUUGGUUACCAUGGUUCAAGAGUAUGCUGAUUUGAAACUAAAAGCCACACAAGAUGGCCAGUGGUCACAGCCUCUGGCACCUCUGUGGAGACAGUUUGAGGCUGUUGCGAAGGCGUUGAAACAGGCAACGAAGAUCAAAGCCAAGCAGAUUGUAGGAGAUCUACAAAAUAGCCGCACCCGCAGAGCCAUGAUCAAAUUGAAAUCACGCGCAUCGUCUCAGUCGAAACAAGCGAUGCAAUCUCUAACAGAUUUUUCGGACAUUUCACGACGGUCUGUCCCCACACCAACAAAAUGUAAUGCAUCAGAUUCAAAUACCAUUGGCCCAGCAAGGAAUAGCUACAUGCUGAGAAGUAAAAACUCCACAUGUGGUAAAGAGAAGGUGCAGGUGGAUUCAGUCUGUGGAUUAUCAUCUGGCGCCAGUACUCUGUCGACUGCAGAUCUAAUGAGGGAUGAUGGAGCUAAUACAAAUAAUCAGUUAGGUGAGGGUGGUGACGGUAAUGCCUUUUCUAACAGUGGAGAUGAAAGAAACCCAACAGAGACGUAUUCCGAUGAUGGUGUUCAGACUGAGGUUAUGCAAAAAGAUAUUUCGGAACCUGGGGUUGUUUUGAGUCCCUCUGCAAGCUCACAAUCAAAGAACCUAGAGAUUAGGGACAGUGGAGUAGAAUAUUUGCUGUCUGGAAAUGUCUACCAUUCAUCUCCAAUGUCACAAAGGAAAGAAAACGAAUCACCGAGAAGUCUUGCGGCACAAGCAACAUCUUCUCCAGUGAAUACUUCUCAAAUUGACACAAAUCAAGAGCUUCCCAAUUCGUCAGUUAAUUUCUUUUCAACAUCUGCAACAUGUUUCAGUGAUUUAACAGCUAUAUCAGUUGUUCCAGCAACGCCAGAGAAAAGCAGGUCUCUACAGCAUGAACAGUUAGCGUUGCCAUGGUCACCAACUCUAAAAUCACCCAGAAGGAAAAGGCAUCCACCAAAGAAACGGAAAGAUGCUAUCAAUACUCCCAUUUCAACACAUGUCCCUGCAAAUAACAGCAGAUGUGAAACCCACGUGGAGGAUAUCCACCCAACUGGAAAUCCUAACACAUCGCUUGCUGUUCCGGAACUUUUUGAAAAGAUACUGAAUGACACCAAACUUCACGAGAAACUUGCUGAGACUAUCAACGAACGGUUCCUUGAGAUGAAGUCGUCUCACAGUACGACUAAUACACAAACAUCGGCCAGGAGAAAAGCAUCCGAGUUAGCCAUACUGUCGAGCGUCAGUGAAGACACUAUGGAUAAAAUUCUCAAUAAACCAUUAACGAUGUCAGAAGAAAACAUCAUAGAUGGAAUCAUUCAGUUAACAACGUCUGACCCAGUCUUUGACACUUUGUUUAAAACCUUUGAUGCAGUCGACAACGGCAUUGCACAUAUACCUGGUGACGUUCCCAACACCGACACAUAUUGUGGUAAUGCCACGACUUCGACAUCUGCCGAGUACAUUGAACCUGCUGUAUCCACACUGCAGACGUCAGCCCCCAGCCCCUGCUGUCUCUCUGCUGACAGCAAAACAUCGACGGUGUCAUCUGAGUUGCAAGACACAAUGUCAAAAAAGAAACCACGCCGAAUAAAACCAACACCUUGUGGACCACCUGUAACAGGGAAUUCAGUGGAUUCAAGUCCAAGUCCGUGGUCUGCCUUGAGACCAGUUGCAUCUCCUGCCUUUGCCCAAGCCCCUGAACAACAAGUCAUAGGAUCAGUGCUGGGGACACAGACCUCCACAGUGAUUCACAGUUCAGUAAACGGACCUGCAAGUGCGGGAGAUUCUCCCUCCAUGAACAAUGUGGCAGUAACUUGUCAAGAUGUGGUCAUGUACUCUCAUACCAACACUGUAAUGACUCAGCAUUUUGAGCAGUCACAGUUUUCUGAUCGUGCGCUGUUAAGUCAGAUUUCUCCAGAACGGUCCGUUAACUCGGCUGAUAAUUUGGCUGGGCAGAUAGGUGGUGCUUCUGCAACUUGCCAGGCAGGCUGUGAUGGGCAGCAGCAAUCCAACGAAUAUACUGAUGUUUCCAUAACGUCUGAUCCUUCAGGUCAAAGGUCUUCCGGUCCUUUUGUUCAAGCUAGUCCUUCUGUCAAGACGUCUGCUAGUUUGGCUUUGCAAGCUCCCAUGACGUCUGGGCCUUCUGUUCAGAGGUCUCCAGUUUCUUGUGUCCAGGUGUCUGCUGGUCCGUCAUCUGUCCAGGAGUCUGCUAGUCCUUGUGUCCAGACGUCUGCUGUAUCAGGUGUUGGUAAUGUCAGUCCAUCAGUGCAGAAUUAUUAUUACUCUUCAGAUCAAUUAACCGGAGCAGGCAGUGGGCAGAACGAGAUUGCUAUGCCUGCUUCAAGCUAUAGCGGUGCAAGUGGAAAUUCACAAUUUGUGUCAUUAGCCAGUGCAUCCCAAAUGAACAAUAACAUUGUGGUGUCUGAAACAGUACAGACCGAGUCUGGGAAUGUUCCCAAUAUUACGACAUUGUAUCCAUCCUUCAGUAUGGAACACAGUGCUGUAGAUGGCACUUCGCAGUAUUCACCCAUAACCAGUACUACUCCGACAAACGGCGGCAUCAUCGUGUCUGGAUCCACACCACAGACGAAUGUACCAAGCGAGACAUUGUUGUACGAGACGUGCGGUGUUGAUGAUGGCGUGUGUUACCAGCCGGUCAGCACAAGCUCCGUCGUUUCGUAUGGUCCUAACACAACGCUGCUAAGUUCUCCUCCAACAACUGCGGGGUCAUUUCUCAACCAGAGCGUCCUUCCGGUGGUUUUUUCACCUUCGACAAACGGUGUUCCGUCGGUGUCAGAUUCGUUACAGACCGUCACUUGUCUCCCUGGCAGCAUUCUCUCCGGUAGCUUGGGGAGUGAGAGUUGUGAUGGUGAAAACAGUGAAACACAGAUACAAAAACCAGCUAAAAAGGCACGUCCUACAGCAAGGAAAACAAAAUCAAAUCCCAACCCAAAGAGGAAAUGUUCGAAAAGAUCAAACAAGAAAGGAAAAAGAGAUAUGCCUGUUAUUGUUCCUGCGACGAUUUCAUCCCCAUUGCCUCAAAACAUAAACGUGUCUGUACAGAACAAUGUUACUACUGCUGCUGCUGAUGCAGAAAAUGUUUCUAAUAUGAAUGUGAUAUCUGUGUCGACGCCACAGAAAACAGGGGAUAAUACUUUUGAUAUCAGUCAGCUGAUAACACUGUCACCAGGAGGGCAGAAUUGGACGUUAACAGAGAAUUAUAAUUUGACUACUGAGCCCAUGGUGGUGAUGACUACGACAGAAACGCCCCCAAAACCUAACCUAACCCCUUUGUCCAACGUGCAGUAUGUUAAUUCAAAUCUUGUUUCCACACAGUCCCCAAGAGGGACCCAGAGUGUUCUUUUGUCCUCUGUGAUAGACGUGCAGACUGGAUCGACAUAUCUCAAGAUAACAUCUCCAGCACGUUCACCAUUCAAGUGGCCAAAUAUUUUAUCUAAAAGUGGCAAGAAGACAUCUCUUCAUGGUCAGACCUCAACAGAAGUGAAUGAUGGCUACUUUGUGAACACAAAGCAGCCGAAUGUGGCCCCUCUUUCUCCGCACCAAGAAACAUUCAUUGCAGUGCCAAUAUGCAGAAAACCAGGUUUAGUGAGCAAGGACCAUCACGUGAGAAGCCUGAGCUUCGACUCUAUGCCGAUUACAACCAUCUCGCCGAGCUCACUGGCUAAUCCAGUGACCGGUGCAAUCAUGACUUACAUGUCUCCAAAACAAAAGCGAUCCUCUAACAGGUCAGGUACUGUCUGUAUCAGGAAUCUGGACUGUGGAGGGGAGGCUGUUACUGCUGCAGACACACCCAAGCCAAAAGUUAAGGGUGUUAAAAUGGUGAAAACGGCAUCCUCGAAGAUAGCUCCUGGCCAACGAAUCAUGGAGUUGACUCUUGCAUCACCCAGUGGAAAGAAAUCUACAGUAAUGAGUCUUCUGGAUGAUGGAACACCAGGUGGUAUUAGAUUGCCAGCAAAAGGGAAAGCGUCGCCACUGAAGACUGUGCCAGAGAAGAAGCAACUUUCUGUAGACAGUGUUCCCGUCAAGUUGCCUCUGCCUCACCUUAAACGCCCACCUCACAAACCGCACGCCAUUAAACCAAAACCACCUGCUACUACUGUAUCAAAGGUGAAGAGCCGUCAGAAAAAGAAGUCGUCAUCGUCGACUAAACAAACCAGUACAGCCAGUCAUUCAGCAUCGUUGAAACCAUCAACAAGUUGUUCUGGCAGAAAUUUGAAGCGGUUCACAAAAUUGCAGGGAAGAGAGAAAAAAUCAAUUUCAAAUGUGAGUUCUGAUACUGUGCCAGCCAAGCGUGCAGAGUCCUCGUUCCUUCGAUCACUUGUCGCUGGAAUCCGUUCUACUUGCACAUCAAGUCAAGAGGUUAACACCGAAAUUAUCGGCGUUCAGAUCGCAUUAUUGCCACCCAGUACCUGA